GAAAGAAAAAAUGUUUGCUUUGAAUGAAUCAUACGUACGUACUUCAGUAAGGUACAAAAACAAAUAGGAAAAGAUGUGAGGCACUUUCAUAGAAUACACGUAUCAUUCGAUCGACUGUUAACCAUUCUGGGCUGGAUAAUUAGAUCAGGAGUGCCUUCAGUGUCGUAGUGGCACGUAUCUGUGAAUUAUAAUGAGUGCCUCGAAGCAGAAUCUGAACCUGAACAAUAGGAGAAUCAAAGACAAUGGCUACAGGAAUAGUUUAGCUUCGACAACGAGAUGCGCCAAUGCCGUGAUGUUUGCGGUUUUGGUCCUCUUGGCAAACAAGCCAAGUUUCUCGCAUGGAUUCUCCCCAAACUUUUCCAUCGCAACGACUUAUCGUGCCGAUACGAAACGUAUCGCGCGCACCAGCAGAGCCGACAAUUCCCACUGCGCAAGCCUGGUCCCGUCAGGAACCGACGCCAACCGAUUCUCCACGAAAGCGUCGAACGACGGCGCAACCAACCGCAACGGCAUUCAGGCAUUGCACGCAAGCAGCACCUCCGAAAACGAGGAUCCACGCAAGACUAACGAGGAAGACACGGGCCAAAAAAUACUGGGACUGGCGGUCCCGGCACUCGGAGCCCUACUGAUCGACCCGCUGCUGACGCUUGCUGACACGGCCUUUGUCGGACGCUUUGCCGAGUCUCCCUACGAGUUGGCGGGGAUGGGAUCCGCCUCGGCCCUCCUCACCUUUGCCUUUUACGUGUUUAAUUUCUUGUGCACCGCGACGACCCCCCUCGUGGCAUCCAGGCGGGCCUCCAAGGACGAAGCGGGAGCCCUCGCGGUGGGAGGCCAGGCCUUGUCGCUCGCCUUUGGACUAGGCAGCGUUCUCGCGGUGUCUCUGAUCCUCUUGCAGGGUCCCUUGCUGAAUCUGAUGGGUGCCGGCGAGGACAACGCCUUUGCCUCGAGUUUUUUGACGAUCCGGUCCCUGGCCGCUCCGGCCGUGUUUUGCAUCUCGGCCUCGACCGGGAUUCUUCGUGGGUACCUCGACACAAAGACCCCCAUCUUUGUGCUCUUUCUGGCAAACGCCGUGAAUUUCGGCCUGGACGUGCUCCUCAUCGCCGUCGGCGGCCUCGGGCCAACGGGAGCCGCGAUUGCCACCACCACGGCGGAGUGGAUCUCCGCCCUGCUGUUUUUGUUGGUUCUGGCGGGAAAAAUUCCGUCCGCCGACGGAGAACUGGGAAGAAAGGAACCCACCGAAGCCGCCGAACAAGCCACGACGCUGGUGGUGGCACCGUCCCUGUCCAUUCCACCCUGGGAAGAGGUCAAGCCACUGAUCGUCGCCUCUUCGGCCGUCUUUGUGCGGUCCCUGGUCCUGCAGCUCUUUCUGACCACCGCCGCGGCGCUGACCACCCGAACGGGGGACACCACCUCCGGCGGGAGCGCCGGGGGGGCGGCCUUUAUCUCUGCCCACCAGAUCGCGAUCCAGCUGUGGAUGCUGUGCUCGUACAUUUCCGACGCCCUCGCGGCCGCGUCCCAGGGCCUCGUGGCCGACGCCCUCGGCCGAGGCGACGCUCCCGCCGCCCGGGACAUUUCCAGGACGGUGUUUGCGUACAGCUCGGUCCUCGGAUUUUUGCUGGCGGGGGCUCUGUACGUUGGCUUUUACUCGACCGAUGUUUUGGUGGAUGGCUUUACGUCGGAUCGGGGAACCCAGGCCGCGCUGCUGGAAAUCGCCUCCCUGCUGGUGGUGUCCCAGCCCCUGAACUCGCUGGUCUUUGCGGCGGACGGGGUCCUCCAGGGGGCCUCGGAGUUCCCCUACCAGGCCAAGAGCAUGGUCGUCAGCGGAGUCGCGGGAUCGGCCUGUUUCCUGGCCCUGCAGUCCACGGGCCAAUCGGACAACCUCUUCAACGUCUGGUCCGCGCUGGUCUGCCUCCAGGCGAUGCGCGGGAUCACCUCGGCGGUGAAGAUCGUGGACGACGAGGGCCCCAUCCGGCUCAACGCCUCGGAGUGAAGGGGGACGCCGAAAUCGGAGGAAACGCAACGAGUCGAACCGACCGUUGCACCGAGCCGGGCCACAAACCAAUCCAUCGGCAUCGCACACGCUAGCUAGACCAAAACACGAUGCCGUUCUUGCCAUAGAAUAGAAUAUUAUAGUAACC